GAAAAAAAAAAAAACUAUUAUUUAUGUAAAAAAAAAAAAAAAACAGCUGAAUCAAAAAUAUAGUAGUAACAAGGUGCAUUUGGCAGUUAUAACUACCACAGUUUAUUUUCCGGUAUCAAACGUCACUCUCUUCCGUCGUGGCCAUGGCAUCGUCGUGGUGGUACUCUACUCCCCUCACCACCGUAACCAACACUACUCGCUGCUACUCUUUCACCUCUAACAAUGACCAAGAGUGCAGUUCAAUUAAUAUAUUGUCACUCCUCUACACAGCUAAGAAGAACACUGACAAUAAGAAACUCAAGAAAUUGCGAAAAUGGGAUACCCAAAAAUCAAAAAACACUUUUUCAUACCCAAAACCAAAACCAACACCACUUCUAAUUCACCAACAACCAUACCCACAAACCAAAUUUCAAGCACUUGAACAAGUUCUCAAUGACCUUGAAGCUUCAUUGGAGAAAGGCAUCAAAAUUGACCCUGAAAUUUAUGCUUCUUUGUUAGAAACUUGUUACCGUUUCGGAGCUAUUCAUCACGGUAUCUGGCUUCACCGUCUUAUCCCACCAGCCCUUUUGCAUAGAAAUGUUGGAAUAAGUUCUAAACUUGUUAGGUUGUAUGCUUCAUUUGGGUAUAUGGAUGAUGCACAUGACUUGUUUGAUCAAAUGACUAAGAGGGAUAUGUAUGCGUUUCCGUGGAAUUCGUUGAUAUCUGGAUAUGCAGAGAUGGGUCUUUAUGAUGAUGCUAUUGCGCUUUAUUUUCAAAUGGUGGAAGAGGGUGUUGAACCAGAUAUUUUCACAUUUCCUCGUGUUCUUAAAGUUUGUGGUGGAAUUGGGUUGGUGGGUGUUGGGGAAGAGGUGCAUCGUCAUGUGGUGCGUUGUGGGUUUUGGGAUGACGGGUUUGUGCUUAAUGCACUUGUUGACAUGUAUUCUAAGUGUGGUGACAUCGUGAAGGCGAGGAAGAUUUUUAAUAAGAUGCAUUUUAGAGACUCAGUUUCGUGGAACUCGAUGCUCACGGGUUAUGUUCGUCAUGGUCUUGAGGUUGAGGCAAUCAAUAUUUUUCGCCAAAUGGUUUUGAAAGGGGAAAAACCUGACUAUUUUUCUAUAUCCGCGAUUCUUACUAGUGUGUCGUCAUUAGAUGUUGGGGUCCAAAUUCAUGGAUGGGUGAUCCGGCAAGGUGUUGAGUGGAACUUGUCUAUUGCUAAUUCCUUGAUCAUUGCGUACUCCAAGCAUGGAAGGUUGGAUAAGGCACGUUCAAUAUUCAAUCUAAUGCCAGAAAGAGAUGUUGUUUCGUGGAAUUCCAUAAUAUCUUCUCAUUGUAAACACCCGGAAGCUAUCUCUUAUUUUGAGAAAAUGGAGGAAGCCGGUGAAGUGCCUGAUAAAAUAACAUUUGUUUCAUUAUUGUCAGCUUGUGCCCAUUUAGGUUUGGUGAAUGAUGGAGAGAGAUUGUUUGCCUUGAUGUGUGAAAAGUAUAAAAUAAAACCAAUUAUGGAGCAUUAUGGUUGUAUGGUUAACCUAUACGGUAGAGCAGGAUUGGUCGAAAAGGCUUAUAGCAUCAUAGUUAGAAUGGACUCUGAGGCGGUUGGUCCAACUCUGUGGGGAGCUUUAUUAUAUGCAUGCCUUUUGCAUGGAAAUGUAACUAUAGGGGAGAUUUCUGCAAACAAGCUUUUUGAAUUAGAGCCAGACAAUGAACAUAAUUUUGUACUUCUUAUGAAGAUUUACGAAAAGGCAGGUAGAUUAGAGGAUAUGGAGAGAAUUAGAAUGAUGAUGGUUGAUAGAGGGUUGGAUCACUAGACAGCUAUACAUCCAAAAGCCCUAACACAACAGCGUAUGGUUAUUGAUAUUGCGUUUGUGAUGCACCGCAGGUCGCUUGACUAAGUUCAGUUCAUGUUUCUGUAUUUUAGUAAGACCUUCUCACCUGUACAGCUUUUUGGAACCACUAUUAUUGUAACUGCAAUAUAUGGUUAACUUUAGAAUGAAUUAUAUAGUUGGCUUUCUUUCAACCUAACCAAACGAAAAAAUUGACACGAACUCAAAUUGAGAAUGCAAGUGCUUUUGGGCAUGGAGAGAAGUUUGAUUGAUAUGUGAUCUUCGAGACGAAAAAAUUGCCACAGACUCAAAUUGCUUUUGGGCAUGGAGAGAAGCUUGAUUGAUAUGUGAUCUUGACCACUUGCUAUCAGGCUUGACAGUGUAAAUGCAAUUUUUAUUAGUUGUUAAUUCAGGCUUCGAGCCUCUUCCUGCACAUUAUAUAGCUGAAAAUUGGAAGUUACCAGAGUUGAACACAAGCCUUAUACAAGGGAAAUAUUGUUUCCAUAGAAAAUUUAUUCUUUGUACUAUAGGACUUAACUGUAUGAAAAAUAUGACUUUACUGUUACACUAUGACUGAAUAAGAAUAUAUAGAUUGGGACUUGUUUAUGGAUAGUUUUGUAUAUGGUGAAUUGUUGAUCACACGAAUGAAAUAUACAUCUCGGAUUAGUGCCAAGUUUGUGAUACAUAAUGGAUUUGUUUUUGAAUCCAAAGGAUGAUUUCUUUUUACAUUAUUAUUAUUGGAUUUAUAGCAACAAGUAUGCAGAAAUUGCAUCUGCAAUUAGGGUGCUACACAGCCAUUGU